GACGGUGCCAUGGACGGUUCUUCAGAUCAAAUCAUUGGUUAUUGAUCACUGAUGGUGUCUCGCUUGCCCCGCCCUACUCAUCUGAUGUUGCUAUGGCAACUGACGUUUAGAGACGGAUUUGUAUCCUCUGGGAUCCAGUUACAUCACUGACAUUGACGGUGUCCAUGAUAUAACAGUCGGCACAAAGAGGGGAUCUGACGAACUCUUUACCUCCUGUGUCUCUAAUGGUCCCUAUAUCAUGAGCUCAGGGGCAGCAAACGGUAACGACAGUAAGAAGUUUAAAGGGGACAUCAGGAGUCCAGGCGUCCCCUCUCGAGUCGUCCAUGUGAGGAAGUUACCCAGCGACAUCAACGAGGCCGAGGUGAUCUCAUUAGGACUUCCCUUUGGCAAAGUGACCAACCUGCUGAUGCUCAAAGGCAAAAACCAGGCUUUUCUGGAGAUGAACACGGAGGAGUCGGCUCAGACCAUGGUGAACUAUUACUCCUCCGUCACACCGGUCAUACGAAAUCAUCCCGUCUUCGUGCAGUACUCCAACCACAAGGAGCUGAAAACUGACAACUCACCCAACCAAGUGCGUGCUCAGGCGGCCCUGCAGGCAGUAAAUGCUGUUCAGACGGCCAGCGUGCCUCUCAGCAGUGUGGAUGCAGGAGGAGCUGGAAGCCAUAGUCCUGUCCUGAGGGUGAUUGUGGAGAACCUGUUCUACCCAGUCACUCUGGAUGUCCUGCACCAGAUCUUCUCGAAGUUUGGCACGGUGCUGAAGAUCAUCACCUUUACCAAAAACAACCAGUUCCAGGCUCUGGUUCAGUACUCUGAUGCCAUGACUGCUCAGCAUGCCAAGCUGUCCCUGGAUGGACAGAACAUCUAUAAUGCCUGCUGUACACUGCGCAUCAGCUUCUCCAAACUCACCAGCCUGAAUGUCAAGUACAACAAUGAUAAGAGCAGAGACUACACUCGGCCCGACCUGCCCACGGGGGAUGGCCCGGCUUCGCUUGAACAGCAGACCAUCGCCACCAGUGCCUUCAGUAAGGACUUCAGGGCAGGGUUGUGUACUCCAUAUGACUAUGGUCCAGCUAUUGAAUGGAGGAUUCAGAGCCCUGGUUUAAUCUCUGCAGGUCCUUUUGGGAGCAGUCAUGGGUUCCCUCCAGCGUUCACUCUCCAGCAGGCAGCAGGUUUGUCUCUUGCUGGUAUUCCCAAUGCGUUGGCGUCUCUCGGUGUUCCGGCUGCAGGUCGACUCUCCCUGGCCGGCCUCAACACCACAACACACACCGUCCUACUCGUCAGUAACCUUAACCCUGAGAGCGUUACGCCCCAAUGCCUCUUUAUUCUUUUCGGUGUGUAUGGCGACGUGAUGAGGGUGAAGAUUCUCUUCAAUAAGAAAGAGAACGCUCUGGUGCAGAUGGCAGACGGAACACAAGCACAGCUCGCGAUGAGUUAUCUGAAUGGACAGAAGCUGCAUGGGAAGCCUCUGCGUGUGACUCUGUCCAAACACACCACAGUUCAGCUUCCCAGAGAGGGACAUGAGGACCAGGGACUCACUAAAGACUUCUCCACCUCUCCUCUUCACCGCUUCAAAAAGCCUGGCUCUAAGAACUACUCCAACAUCUUCCCUCCAUCCUCAACCCUGCACCUGUCCAACAUUCCACCCUCUGUUAGUGAAGAUGAUCUUCAAGGACUGUUCAGAAGUUCAGGAGCCACAGUGAAAGCCUUCAAGUUUUUCCAGAAAGACCACAAGAUGGCGCUGAUUCAGCUGGGCUCAGUGGAGGAGGCCAUUGAGUCGCUGAUCGAGUUCCACAAUCACAAUCUGGGCGAGAACCAUCACCUCCGUGUGUCCUUCUCCAAAUCCACCAUCUGAGACCCUCACCGGGUUUUACACACACACACACACACACACACACACACACACACACACACACCCACCAUCAUGCAUUUUCUUAUCUUCACACAGACCUGAAAAACCCAAUAUUUUAAUUUGGGUUUAAUUUGUAAUCUCACGUUUUCUUAUACUAUCUGGUGCAAAAAAAUUAUUUGUAGUGUAAUCAUUGUUUAUCAUUAUUCUCUCUCUCUUUCUAUAUAUAUAUAUUUUAGUUUUUCUAUGGGGAUUCUGGGUGGUAUUUUUUUUGUUUUUGUUUUUUGCGCAAUCGUAGAUGCUGCCUUGUUCACACUUGGUGCCUACAAUCACUCACACACACACACACACACACACGAAUACACACAGCCCCUAAAAUGUUUUAAAUUUGCCACUCAUAAAUGUCAUAAUUUCUGCCUUUAUAAAAAAGUGCCUUAUAUGGUCACUUCCUGUUGGACCGUAAUUCUGUUUUAUAACACUUGAGCUUUGGAUUUUCGAGUGUAGACUUUUCAGGUUUAUAAAAGAACAGAUUUCUUAUUCGACUCCCAGAGCAGAAAUGUAUCCUUACUUCCAUGUUUCUCAGAUAUUUUACUAUAAACGGUGUGUAGAAUGUAGCGGAUUAUAAUCAUCUGAAUUCUGAAGACUUUCAAUCUAGUUGUUUUUGUGUUUAGAAAAAUGACCUUUGAUUAUGAAGCAGGUUAAUUUGAAUAUUCGUAUCAUUCUUCUUGUGGUAUAAAGAAUCUUCUAUAUUCCAAAAAAAAAAACAAAGCUAGAACUUUGUCUUCUGGGGAACAUCAGAGUGAAGAUUCAUCACUUCAGGGCUUUUGAUCAUGUUGGUAGAGGAACCUUUUUGGUUGUAUGUUAAUUAUGCAGAUUAGUCUCUAGGACACGCCCCUCGUUAGCAUAUAUCUGCAUAUUAGAGCCAUGUUGGGGCUUUUUGAUUAGUUUCUUGAUUUGUGCUCUAACAAUCUUUACAUCACGGAUACAGAUGAAGGAGAUGAAGUGGAUUUUCUCGGCAGUUUUUGUAUAAUAGAAGAUAUUGGAAUCUUUAGAAAAAGCAGGUUUAAGUGCCUCAGAGUCUGCCAAGUGAUUUAUUAUCGAUUUAAUGAGUUCGUUUGACAUAUUAGUCUGAUAUCAGAACUUCAGACAGUUCACAGGAUUUUUGUAAAUUAGACAUUCAGCUUUAAUUGUGGUUGAUUUGCAUAUUAAUCCAAGGCAGAUUUUUUACUCAGCUGUCUAGAUGUAUCUGGGAUUAAAAUCAUCAGUUUAAACUUUUUUUUUUUUUUCUCAUUUAAACCAGUUUAUUUCCAUAUUGGGUCUCGUCCUGUGAUUUCUUUUGGUCCUUAAUUUGUUUGGGUGUCUGAUAAAUUUAAUAUUAAUCCUGGGCGGAUUGUGUGUUGAGGAUGAGGACGGCUCGGUCACUCGCACUGCCGGAGGAAUUAUUAUUUUGGGUGAUUUAAACUAAAAUGUCAGACUUGGAUGUUAAAGUUAAAUGUGCGAGUGGUUCUCGAUAAAUGAUCGGAAUUCUUGUAGAAUUAUUUUUGUGUAUUCUAGAUUUAGCCCCACCCCCUUUAGUUCAUCUUGCUGAGCUGUGUUUAUUGCUGGAUCUCACACACACACAAACACACACACUCUGACAUGGCUGAUGGAACGAGCAGAUGGAUCACUGUGCCUUCACUUCCUCAGAUUAUUGAUUAAUUUCUGCACAAAGCACUAAAUUCAUGUGUGUAAUUUGAGCCCAGACCUGCUGCCUCUACCGUUUAUAUCAGUGUCAUGUUCAGUGUGUUUACACUUCCACCAACACACCGAAUCUACUUCCUGUUUAAACCUCUUAAUGUCUUAAUGAUGAAGAUGGGUUUUUUGGGCACUUUAUGUUUAUAAUCUAGUUAAAGUUGGUUUCAUUCCUGGAUGUAAGUAAAACAUUCACAGCUUUCCUCUUUUUCACAAACACGUUAGCGUGUACGUUUUGUCAGACCUACAAGGUUCAUGACCACCAGAUUAACGUGCUGCAAAUUAACAUAAAAUUGUUUACAAAAUGUACAAGUCCACUGUGAGUGAAGAGGCUCCACCCUCACGCUUUAAGCCCCGCCCCUACCCGGGCAUCGUCAGUUCUGUUACGCCGGUGCAGGAAUGACGUGAACAUGUUUUGAUGUAAAAGCAGAGCUGUGUAUGUUUUUAGGUCAGAUUUGUGGUUUAUUGCUCUCACAUUCCUUUUCCCUCAUUUUUCUCCGAUGCCUUUAAUUGUUAAAAACAAAGACCAAAAUGUUUGUAGUCUUAAGAGAGUGGAGUUUAAGGCUGUGUCCCAAAUCACUAGAUAAAUGUGCUCUCACUGGAGAAUGUGAACGGUUCUCACAAUCUCCAUCUGAUGUGUUUCAUUACACACUUACCUGCACCACUGGUGUUGCAUUAUGGGUAACGGCUGAUGGUCCAGUAAGUGCUCUUUAACCCUAGUGUUUGGGCCACACUCUUCCCCACACUUUUAUUUUUUGUUUUCUUUCCCCCUCCUUUGGUGGUGAUUGAGAUGAAAAUCAGGUCUUUAUGUAUAUUUUGAUAAAGUCAACAUUGUAGAGCAUUUAUGUUUUGUAUUACACAGAAUAUUAAAGAUCUGUCCAUCACAGUGUGUGUACGUUUAUGGAACCACAGCCAUGCUUUCCUUCUUUUAUCAUUUCUCUGUUCUUUCAAUAAAUCCUUCAGUUCUUUG